AUGCUGAAAAUCGUUCUCGUGAUGAUGUUCGCGGCCUUCGCACCGACCACCGCGUUGCCGUUGAGGAACACCUUUUACGAAGAUGUCGACGAUUACAGUCGGGAUUUUAUCCCAAAGGAAAACGCCGAUUAUGACGAGUCUGCUUACGACGGAUAUCUGUUCCGCCGCGAUCCGAUCGAAAGAAACUCAGGUUUGAACUAGUUUCACUAGAUUAAUCCUUCAGAGUGCGCAUUUUGUAUUCACAUGCGAAUGUUUACUUGGUGUUUACAGAUCUCUUGGGGAAGUAUCCUAGCAUUCGAGAACGUCUGUAUGAUGAAUUCUAUAACCGCGAUCUACCGGGUAAGUGCUUUAGAACUCUCUCUCAGUGUCCGUAAGUGAGUAUAAAUACGCUCAAUUUCGUGACGGUAUAAUUCUCAAUUCUCAUCAAUAAAUUCGACUUUGUCAAAAAUCUGCGAAGGAUGAAAGCUGUUUUACACGCAACCUUCGAUUCUUUUUUUCAUCGAUGGCAAAUCUUCGUAUAUUUUACAUUUUCAGAACGGGAUUUUUCAGAUAUGUCUUCCAAUGGAUUUUUUUUAAUGAUAUUUAUAUUUAUUUUAGAGAUAACAAUUUAAAAGGAUCGAAAGCUUGCAUUUCAAAAAACCAAAUUGCAUAGAUAAUGUUAGAGACUUCAGAAUCCACGGGCGGAAAUUUCGCCGCAGGGGGAGCAGAGCACAGAAAUUUAAAAUUUCAUCGUUAGAAAGGUUUUAAAUCGAGAUAUGAAAAUAUUGGUACGUGUAACAUCAUAAUUCAAGCGAGUCAGACUACGGCGAAAUUUAAACAAGGAAUAAUUUGCGGUGAAUUUUCCUGGUAGUUAAACUAAUGAAUUUAAAAAACAGUUUGGCCAAUUCAAGAUCGCAACAUUAGUGCGACGAAAAUUAUGAUUGUUGCAAAAAAAAAAGUGCAGUUUAGGAGCCAAAACGAUUUAUCAUUUCUACAUCAGAAACAGGUUAUUAAUUUAAGCCUCCUUACUUCAAGGCAUUGAUCAUUUAAGGGCACGAAAUGCAUUGAACACGUAAAGGGAUCGAAAAUAAAGACAAAGUUUCUGUUUCUGUCUUUUUUUUUUUUGUGAGUUGCGAAAGGCUUCGGUAACUGACUUAAAUUCUUACCUAAAUAAAUAUUAAGCGAUAAACGUUGAAUUUCAUGUAAGUUACCGACGUGGUAAUUGUUUUUGUUACAUCUAUUACCGCAAAGAAAACUUGAAUGUAUGAAAUUUAGUUUUUCAAAGCAGUUAUUUAGAAAGUGAGGAUUGCCUCACUUAGUUAUAUAAUGUUCCAUAGCAGGUUGAUUAUUAGUGGACAGAUAAAGUGUCAGCCAAAGUGAAAAGACGGGAUAGAAACGAACGAAAUGGAGUUUUGACAAGAAAUAGCGUUCAAUUUCGAAGCGAUUCUACCUGAGUAAACAUGCAGAUUACGAACCGGUUUUGUCGAAACGAUCUGUUUCGACAGCAAAGCUCAUUUAAUGAGAAACAGAAACUUUCUUGUUUUUGUUCUUUUGAUAAAUAUCCGUCAUACGGUUGCUGAACCUUGCAACCAGUAUUGAGAGACAGGAAAGCCGCAGGUAAAAUCUAAAUAAAUACGCUUUUCUCCCUCGCUCGCAUAGCUACAGGCAAAGAUCCGCCCUCAUAAUCCCACGCAAACUUUCAGUGCCUCACAUUAAACAGAAAACGUCUUGACAACAGGUCGAAUGCAAUUGGCUACAAUCAAAGAUCGUCAUCGUUUCGAAUACUGGUCGAGUUAGAAUAUUGUCUUUGAACUCCCUCAGGGAGAAACUGACAAAUUUUGUCAUGAUCGUAAUCGCUAACCCUAAACAAUAUAUCUGCCUAAAGAUUAAUGGUCUCUAAACUUAUGGCUCCAGGUUUGAAUACCAUUUUCUAGUACAACUUGACGUUAAAUAAGCGCACUGACGCAGUUUGGGCAUUCUAGUCCAAUAUUACUUGCCAUAAGGAGCGGGAAGGAAGGAAAAAGCAACAUGUGACUUUAUUUCUGUGAUAUAUUUGGAGAGGUAUUCAUCAAAUCAUCGAACCACAACAAAUUCCUUAGCGCUUAACUUUCUUCACAGCACGUAAAGUCAGUUUUAUCAACCAGCUUCGAUCACCAUGUUUUCGAUGAGUACUACGGAUUAAAUAUAACAAAACUUCGCUGUCUCCAUCUCAGUGAACUGGAACCUCCGCUUAAUCGAAACUAAACCGAGCCCUUUUUUUUUUUUGAAGUAUGACUAGCAGUCUUUAAACAUCAGCUGGUAUUGCCAACAGUUUCUUGUUACCUUCACAAGUCGCCCUCAACAGGGCUCUCAUGAAUAUUUACCAAGCGUUGGAAUCGGAAAUUUUAAAAUCUGCUUUCUAUCUAGGAAAAGUUAGAGAACCUUGCCAUUCGUUAAGCUUGAAUAACCAUAGGCAUAUUUUUCGACAUGGAAUAACCCAAUAUCACCAUUUGAUAGCCAUUUUCCUUGUCUUCUCCUGCAUUAAAGUUGAUUAAACAAUUUUUAACGCUAGACAAAAAAUUUGGAGAUUAUUGCAAGCGAUGCCAUAAAGUGCUGUUUAAAAUGUUUAUGAUUAAUGAACUUUAAAAGAUUUUCAACGCAAUUGCCUCUUAUUGGACAAAAUUUACAUAACAGGCGGAAGACCGCUUUGACGAACAAGUAAUUUAGAUGCUGUUGAAGAAAGCCUUUUGUUUCCUUUCCAGGCGUGCAAUAUUCAUAAAACCAAGGGGUGUAGACAUAACCGCGACCGCACGGUAAUCCACUUCUACUAAUUCGGAUAUUUUAUAGAACUUGUUCAGUAAAGGAUGUUUGAUUUCCAAUUUUGAAACUGAUAACUGACUCUUGGACAUAAGUCGCAAAAUUUCUCGUCCAGACAAAAGCUAGAAUAUUGAUCAAAACAUUGCCAGAAUAACAGUUGUAUGGCAAUUAACGUGAGUGUUUCAGAAUAUUUGUCAGCCUUGGUUAACUGGGGAAAGUUUUCCGCUUAUUAAUCACCAUAUGACAAGCAAUAUUAAUAAACGCUUUUUCGUCAUCCAAGCAUAACCUUUAGAAAACAUCAAAGAAAAGCGAGCUCGAUUGUUUUUUUUCACGGAGAACGGAGAAGUACAACAGCUCCCCACGAGAGGCGAGCGAGCAAAUAUGGGAACAUUACACCCUGAGGGCGAGGCGCCAUUCUCAUCACACAAUUUCACUCAGGCUAUCCUUUAUUGCAAAUGGAAGACAAAAAUCCAAUUUCUUUCUUACGGAGAAAGACAAGUACAAUAGCUUUCUCCUUAGGAGGAUCCUUUCGACAUGAAAAUAUUCUACCCCGCAGAGCAAGACACAUCCAUCACGCUGUAAAUACAAUGCAUCCUUCUAUUCUACUGCGUGUGAAAUGUUGAGUACUUUCAAUUGAUUUAAUGAAAAAUGAAUUCAUCAUUUCUCUCAGUUUGACAGCAAUGGAUCAAAAUUAAUUUUCACUCUCUGACCCUUGAUUUUAGCGUUUACAAAAUUAUAUUCUAAGAGGUUUUAGAGGCGUAGCGCGCGAAAUCCUCCAUCAUAAGACUUAUUUCAGAGUUUAAGAACUCUUGGCCUUAGUUACGUGAAUAUAGCUCUCUACAACCAAGAGAUUUAAUGUCAGGAAAUAAAAAAGUCUCAAACAUCUCCGCUAAUACUUCAGACUGCUUAUUAACCCACGCCCUCUCUUUUAAUGAUUGAAACAAAACCGCGCAAAUCUUCUGUUCAAUUCGUUAACAUCAAAGCUUGCCACUCCUAUUUGUCGGUGAGUUCAAUCGUUCAUCUGAUAACUACUCGCUAGGACGGUUGCGUCAGUACCGCAAUGAUCACGGUUACCUUCUCAGUUGAUCCGUGAAGUAAAAAUUUAAAUCCCCAGGGGGAAAGUAUUCACAAGCACAACUUUAUUGACGUGGAGCGCGUUUUGAAUUUGGUUUUAAAAAACCAAAUUAAAGUAAUCACGAGAGCCAAUCAGAGAAAAGAAAAUUUCUCGACGAACCAAUGAGAACUAAAAACAAAACAAAACAACUCAGAAGCGUUGGAAAGCCCGAGUGACCGAGUCGCGAUUUGUUUUAGUUUGCAUCUGACUGGUUUAGAAGAGGACGCAAGCUGUAUGGAGCAAUCACAGGGCUUAGCAAUGGAAACCCCAAGCAAUCCCUAAACACACUCAAUUCAAAAUUUUUCAAACACCUUCUGCCACAAUUGAUGAAUUUACAGUUUGCUUUGCCUUUUUCUGUAGAAGACGACAAGAACAAGGCUGAGGAAGACGAGGGAGAGUAUGAGGAGGACGACAAUGACUACGAUCGUGAACUGAACGACGAUAGGUCUUUUCCAAAAUAUUCUAGAGAAGAAGAUGCCGAGGAGUCGCUUUAUCGUGAAGAGGAGCCGUUGAGGAGUGAUGACGAAGAGGAAUCUUACAGUGCGCCAGUAGAAGAUGACGAUAGUGAAGCGGAGUAUUUCGAGGAGGAUCCCAAUGACGUCGAGGCGGAAGAAACCGAAGAUGCUGAGGAUGAGGCCCUUCCGUCUGACGAUGAACCCGAAGAAGUAUCGAACGACUUUGCAGACGAUGCUUUGGAAACAGCCGAAGAGGAAGCUGAGGCCGCACAAGAUGAUGAGGCCCAUAGUGCACCAGUAGAGGAGGAUACAGCUCAGCAGGAUGAAGCAAAGGAAGAUUCUGUAAAAGACGAAGCAGAGAUGCCCACCAAUGAGGACGAAGCAGAGAUGCCCACCGAUGAGGACGAAGCAAAGGAGGAAGAUGAGCCUGAAAAGGAGGAGGAUGCUGAAGACACAUCAGAGGAGGAGGAUGAGGCCGCGGAAGUUAGCCAGAACGAAGAUGAAUCAGACGAGGAUAAAUAUGAUGAUGACGCCUUUGCAGAUGAUGAGAUAGAGGAAGUACCUCAAGAGGAAGAUGAGGCCAAGGAAGAAGAGGAGGCAGCGAAGGAAGAAGAUGAGGCAGAAGAGACAGGUCAUAACGACGAUGCAGGUGAGAAGGCAGAGGAUGAAGCCAAAGAGGAAGAGGAGGCCGAAGACGUGCCUCUGGAAGAAGAUGCAGCUGAGGAAGUACCUCAAGAAAUGGAUGAAAGUCAAGAGGAAGACUACGCCGAGAAAGAGGCAGAUGAACCAUCUGACGAUGAAGAUGAAGCCGAAGAGGCCGCUGAUCACCGUGUAAGUGCGUCUCGCUUCAGAGAUCUGCCUUCUGUGGAGAAAAUGGUCAUGGACACCAAGAAGUUGGGUAAGUUAUUCGGUUUACACAUCUCAUUUCCAGAAAAAAGUUUUCUGCAUUGAGAGAUGAAGCCACUACAUUAUAACACUAAGAGAUUUAGGACAAGUUUAGGUAUUGUGGCAUAAUUUGAAAACUUGAUAGCAAGCCGCACGAUAUUGAUCAAAGUUAAGAUCAAAGAUGAACUGCUGUUCUGCUAAACAACAAGGGGACGAUGAUUGCGGGUAUUUGGAUAUUUUCAAUCGUGUAACUGACCUGACAUUGGUUGCAUGGCAUUAAUAUGUUUUUGAUAUCUUAGAAAAUAAAGUUCAUUGUUUAACAAAGCAGAGAAUGAGUGACUAAUAAUUAUCAAAUAGAUAUCAUGUUGGGGUGCGUCUGUUCAGUAAUAGAUCACAGAUAAUGUCAAAAAAAAAAAACAAAAACAAAAAAUCAUCACAGCCGAGUAUGGCUCUAAUGUUCUGGCCACAUUUUGACGUCAACUGUCAUUAAUUACUGUACAGACCCAUGGCAACAUGAAAUCUACUUGUGUUUAAAGGUUAAAAGCAAAGGGUUGUUAAUAGUGACGUCCUCGAUGCGUUUCCCUCCAAGAACCAAUCGAGAUGCCUGUAUAAUUCAGCCUUUCAUAUCAUUCCGCGAAACUUUUCUCCAAACCAAAAUGAAGAAAGGCAGGAAAUCAGAACUAACCGUAAGCAAACCAGAAUUAAAAAUUAAAUGACACCAAAGAUACACCAAAAUGAAAAUGUCAACUGGCAAACUAAGUAGGGGGAGGGAAGGGUUGGUUAAGUGUAUUAUUAUCCAAGAGGCUUACCAUAGAUUCUGAUAGCAACCCCACAUCUUUUUUUUAACCUUGAGAAUGAAUGAAAUCUGAAAUUAAAUUCAUGCUGUUGUUUGAUGAGUUUUUUUCGAUUAUUCUUCACAGAAAGGGAACUGGCGUAUUUUAAGAAGAAUGGAUUUCUGGACGAAGAGGAUGCUUAUGAGCUUGACCAGUAAACCUGAUGAGUUUAAAGCAUAUCUUUCUUAAUUUUUUUUUAAUCACAAUCAUUUUACAAAAAGAUAGCAAACCUUUUUUUCAAGUUAAACUUGCAUGUGCAGUAUGUUGUAUAAUCGGUAUUAUAUUCAAAAUAAGCUUGUAAAAAAAUUUUAUUUUUAUUAAUUAGAAAGCCUUUGUUUCCAUUUUCCAUUGUUUCUAAGCAUUUUUUGAAAUUUCCUUUUGAACGCCAAGUGUAUUGUCAAAAUUUUGUUUCUAAUCCGAUGCACAAUAAAGUAUUCAAUCAUUUGUUAUUUGCUUUUCGUGUUACAUGCUUUUCAUUUAGCUACAUGCUUUUCAUUUAGCUACAUACUUUUUGUGUUGCAUGUUUCGCUUCCAAAAUUAACGCGUGAUACAAGGGGGGACCUGGGAAUUUUGAAUCGCCGUUUAGGGAGGGAGGGGGUCCUGAUCUAAAGAACACGGAAUAUUUUUAAAAAAAUACACUAAGAGAGGUCGCAGUCAUAGAACCUAGUAAGUCAGAACCGGUACAAUCUCUGAUCGCUUUAAAUACUUAAAUCAAAAACCAUUUCAACAAUCUUCCUAAUAUUCUUUCCCGUGUGCAGAUUGAAAGCCUUAGUCUCGUACUUUUUGUAGUGCAAAUUCUGGGUACUAUCAUGGUCUUCUUAAGGAAGACGAAGCCUGGACCAAGCGAAGGGUCAGAAGGACCAUCAAAAAGUUUCUAGAGACCCUCUUCUUCUCCAGGUAGUGUGAAGAAGUAUUACCCUGGAAAUGCAAUUACGCUUUUACAACAGCCCCGCCACCUUAAAUUUUUUUGUCAUUGAUAUCUAUAACAAGAAGCUGUGAUAUCCUUUGAAAAUGGAAGCGUUGAUAGGAUAAGGUCCUUUAACGCCACAACUGAAAAACUGUCGGUGCAAGAAUUUAAAAAAGAGCCCAUCACACUACGAAUUUACAUAACGUUCUAAUAGGCCAUUUUACAGUUGUGUACUUAGUUGCCAAGCCUUUGAUUAGGAGUGAGGCUGAUGGUAACUGUGUUGUGAUAGAGACCUGUAUCUAGUCAGCGUGAUAACAAAGUAAUUUUUAUUUUAAAAGCGGCAAGGUUUGUAUUAUAGUAAGGUCAACCUUGGCCUCACUCUUGUUUAAAGGCCUGGAAACCAAGCACAAAACUGUACAAUGGACUAUUUGCGUUGUGGUACGAACGGUGGAGACAUCGAGACCAAAGCCAAGCCGGGGGCCCUCUCGCACGCUCGCUUCGCUCGUUGGCUCGAAUGUCACGGGCAUCACCGCGGCUCAUCCCGCAACGCAAAAGAGGGCCUGUCAAUAUCAAUAUCCAAUUGAUUAAGCUUCCCAUAAGUAUUGACUUGUAAGAUGGAUAAUCAGACUUCUCUGUUUUCUUAAGAAAAAACUGUCAGUCUAGCUUAAAGAAAAGGCGGUUCCUGUUUUGCCUUGUUCGGGCGAGUGAAGCGAAAACAUCGAUUAACGCGUCCUCCUUUGGAACGUACCUUUUAUGCCAGUCUUGUGUUUUCUCUCUACCCCUGAAAAACGGGAAGAAAACACUCUUAUCAACGAAAGUGAAAUAAGAAAAUGAAUGAUGGUGGAAUGGUAGAAAGGAAACAAAUAAAGACAUAGGAAACUGAUGUCGCAUGGUUGAAAAUAGAAUGAAGAUUAGUCCACUUACAAUUAAGGAUUGAGGCCUACUUCUGUGCUGACCUAACUUACUUUGUCAAUGAGAAGCAGCUGCGUAAAAAAACAACAACAAAAAAAACACGGAAAAAGUUGAAAGGGUCGUAGUUCUCCAUUGGACUCACAGAAAACAAAACAAAUUGUUGCAGCGGAACUGGCGCGGAAAUUUAGCCCUAAAUCUUUUGUUUAUUGCACGUUUUUAAAAUUUCUACUCCAAAUGAUGCAUUUCUAGUGUUCUGAUUGGUUCAUUCAACCCCGGCUAUCAGCUCAUAUUCCGAGUCACCUCAUAUGAAAAUGCAAUGCACCAACUGUUGCAGCAAACCGUGGCAGAGCUGAAAAAUGCUCCAAAUACCCAAAUAUCCAGGAUUUGAUGGAAUUGAGUAAAAUGGUUAUUCCAUUCGCGCUUGCUGGACACAAAAAUAAUUGGUUGAAGCUCACUCGGUGCUAAAGGCCUUAUUGGGCACGCCUUGUAACGGCAGUUGGUAAUUACUCUGAAUAAAUCAUUAUGUUGAGAUGAUAUUUAACACGUUGUAACAUGUGUUUUGCGACGAAAGACGUGAAAGUUUUUAGAGAUACGGCUGACCAGCAUGUAUUGGGUCGUCAGAUCCGUUUGAAAUCAACAAAAUGGCGGGGGUGUCUUCUGAGUUGUCUUCAAACAUACCGUUUGACUUUCAUGACGGAAGACUCGACGGAGAUCUCUCUCAAAAAAUGAGGAUCCCUCAGACAAUCACUGUACAAGGGGGUGAUGAAGAGUACUUACUGAACGAACCGAAAAAGAUUCUCAGCGAUAGAGUGCCCAUGUCGAUCCCUGACAGAAUUGAACUUGGUUCGUACUCGCCCAAAAGUGACAUUCCGAGAGAUUUAAAAGAUGAAAUGGUGGCAGUCAACUCUUUGAGUAGCAUGAUAACUCCUCCACGAACACUGACCGUUGAAGAUACAAAAUCAGCGCAUUAUCCUCAAACUAGAACCGCGCCUGUAAGUGGUUCGCCAACAGCAGCUCGUGGAAACACAAAUCGCAGAACGAAUGCCGCCAGAGACAUUGACGAUGAAAGGUGUGUUUGAAUUAAUUAUAUUAGAUAUUUUGGUUUUCGAUCAAGAUCCGACGUCUUUUUCUGCCCUUUCUCCGCUUAGAGAAUGGUCAUACACGUUGCUUGUUUGAAAAUCUAUCAAAUUAGUUCUUCAUGAUAUUUUGAAAUCGAGAUUCUUAUAUUUAAUCCUUGAUUAAAAGAUGAGUAUUCUCUAGGUUUUACUAGUAAAUAGCACUAGCCAUCGACACAGUCGGUCGAAGAAUUAUGUUUUUUAGCCAUAAUAGUCAUUUUUGUUUUAAAUAUCCAUCACUUUUAAACCUUGUUUGUUGCGGGUGCUUUUAUAGCAUAAUUUCAAUUUUAUCAUUAUUUAAAGUUACAAUUAAGCAGCUGAAAUGUUUGACAAGAGUGCAGCGAAGAUUUUUCGGACAGGGGGAAGGGAGGGAGGCUAUUGGUGUUGUUUAAGUGGUAUUUGUUGGGAUACCAUGCUAUUUUACAAUCACAAAUUAUUGCUUUCUGUCUGCAAAGAGGAGAGGCAUUCAUUUGAUUGCCCCUCUUCUCCUCUUCCCCCCUCCCCCCUUCUAAACCCCAUUUAGCUCUGGAUAGAAAGUAAACCAUAUUGCCCUGCAUGGUUUUUCAUUAUGAACUGAAUUUAUUCUUUCUACAGCAUUGCUGUUGGUCUUGAGGUGAUAGGAGAAGGAACUACUUUAGAAAGUGACAGUGAUAUUGGCCAUUAUUUGGGAGGCAACUCACCUGACUCAAGAAAAUUAAUCCUGCAGAUGCAACUUCUAAAUAGUAGAGUUAAUGAACUGGAGAGAAAUGUUGAACACAACUCAGUUGGAUUUUGGUCAAAAAUGAUUUUCUUUACUUUCACGAUUAUCAAUCCCAUUCUCUUACACUGGCUGUUCUGGAGAAGGAGGUGAAGAAAUAAACCAAAGUACCACUUAGCUUUACUUCCGAGCUUUAGACCAUCAUGUAAAUUUUGUUAUACAUGAUAGUGCCAGUAAAAAGAUAAGGGUAGAGCUGAUUAAUGUAAAUCAUUUUUGAUGACACUCUUUGUAUCAUCAAGCAAAAAUAGUGCUGUGAUUUUCAGAGUAGAAGGGUCAAUCUCGAUAAACUGGUAAAUGCCCACAUCAAUGUUGACAAUUUCACCUGAUAGAGAGGCAGUACUGUUGAAAGGUCAAUGCUUUUUUAAAAAGGAGUAGGAGACUGAAUAUAUAAAUGGUAAUAAUUGCACUUUGUUUUUGUUUAGAAGUUUCCUGACAUAUUACUCAGUAUACUGGUUAUUGAAUUCAUGUAGAGGAAAUUUGGAUUUUUCCAACAAUUAAUUUAUAGGCCUCUUACAUUAAAUCUCUUAAAAUGUUAACUAAGUGCAACUUAGCAACAACUCUUCACACCCUAACAUCAGUAUGCAUAUUCUCCAUACUGUUCUCUAUACAUUUCCUGAGGUGCUGACAAGGAGAAUUUGUUUGACAAAGAAGAGCUUCCAUAAGUGGUGAUCAAUUCCUUUGUUCUCAUGACCUUAAUGUUUGAUUUAGGGGUGAUAUUGUGAGGAGAAAUUAGAUGCUAGUCACUUUUGAUCAAAAGGUUCAACCAAUUUGUUUUAAGUCUUGACUGUAAGUGAAAGUAUUCAUAUAAAGAAACAGAUUAAACAUUUAACCAAUUAUUCUGUG